AUGUCCCUUUUAAUUCCGUCAAUCCAAGAUCGCCACGAUGCUCUUGGUCAUCUAGAUGUUAGAGAGUGGUUCGCAGAAACGGUUACAAAAGCACUUCAAGAUGAGAAGCUGAGAGACAAUUUCAAAUGGUCUUUUGAAGUGGUACCGGGCUUCUUUGCACAGUCGGAUGAGAAGACCGAUGAUGUGAAGUUUAACUAUGCCUUCAACAACAUUGGACGACUCAAAUCUUGGGACGACCUCAUUGAGGAAUUGAAGGACUUGAAUAGAAAUGCUAAACCUAAUGAGGUGUACAAGCUCGUCACAUGUGCUAGACAUGGUGAAGGAUUCCAUAACAUCGUUGUCGACAAGUACGGAAUCCAAGCCUGGUCUGAAAAAUGGUCUCAUCUCAAUACCGAUGGUGAGUUGGAAUAUGGUCCUGAUACCAUGCUAUCUGAAAAGGGCAUUGAGCAGGCUAGACAGAAUCAUGAAGUGUGGGAGAAGGAGAUCAAGGAGCAUGGUGCUCCAUUGCCAGACAAAUUCUAUGUUUCUCCGUUGCAAAGAUCAAUGUGGACUCUACAGUAUACCUGGGAGGGACUCAGAUCGGCGGAUCAAAAGGCCGUAAUUGUGGAGAAGCUUAGAGAGCGGUAUGGCUCCCAUACAUGCAAUAAAAGAAGUACAAAAAGCAUUAUAGAAAAGAGGUUCCUGGAAUACGGUUAUGAGUUUGAGGACGGUUUCCUGGAAGAGGAUUCUCUUCAUACUGACGAGCAAGAAACCCACCAUCAUCAUUGUGUGAGGACCAACGAUUUCUGCCAGGAAUUGUUUGAGAAGGACUGGGACAGCCAAGCAAAUGCUGUCGAUCGUGAAAAAGCAUUAGCUAACACUUUCAUUUCCACUACAUCUCAUGCGGGAACCAUCAGCGAACUCUUGACUGUCUUCAACCAUAGACCCUUCGCCAUUUCCACAGGAGGUAUGAUCCCCGUGGUAGUCAAGGCAACCAGAAGGAUAGACUAA